GCACGGAGGUUCCGGAGCGCGGGCGGCGCACGGCCCCCGGGGACAGGCGAGGCGGCUGCCUGACCCCGGGCACCCCGGGGCCGCCCGCCCGCCCCCGGGGCUCAUGGCCCGCUGCCCGGCCGCGGGCUGCACGGCCUCCCAUGGCUCGCCCUCUUCGGGUGGCCUGGCGCUGUGCCGGGCCCUCCUGGUUCUGAAUCCCAGAACGUUAGGGGCUGGAAGGGACCUCUGGAGAUCAUCCAGUCCAACCCCCUCCCAAAGCAAGCUGGACAGGAACACAUCCAGGCAGGUUUGGAAUAUCUCCAGAGAAGGAGACUCCACCACCUCUCUGGGCAGCCUGUUCCAGUGCUCUGCCACUCUCAAAGCAAAGAAUUUUUUCCUUACGUUCAGACGGAAUUUCCUGUGUUCCAGUUUGUGCCCGUCGCCCCUUGUCCUGCCACCGGGCACCACUGAAAAGAGUCUGGCUGCAUCCUUGUGACAACCACCAGGGACUGAUAAGCAUUGAUGAGAUCCCCUCUCAGACUUCUCUUCUCCAGGCUGAACAGCCCCGCGUCUCUCAGCCUUUCCUCAGCACAGAGAUGCUCCAGCCCCCUGAUCAUCUUCGUAGCCUCCGCUGGACUCCUUCCAGCAGUUCCUUGUCUUUCUUGAACCGGGGAGCCCAGAACUGCACACAGUACUCCAGAUGUGGCCUCAUCGGGGCAGAGCAGAGGGGGAGGAUGACUUCCCUCAACCUCCUGGCCACACUCUUUUUAAUGCCCCCCAGGAGACUGCUGGCCUUCAGUUUUUUGUUUUUUUUAAGAAGGGAUGAGCAGCUUUCAUCGCUUCGGCCAUGGCUCCACCCCAACAAGCCUGUUGUGCCCAGUCUCAGCAGACGCAGGAGCUUUGUCCUUGGUUUCAAGGGACACCAUCACCAGCCUCGCUGCACGCAUAUCAGCUUAACCCAGAGCUAAACGCAACCCGCCUGCUUGGCCACCUCUCCUUUCCUCUGCACAGAUCAUCUCCAACAGACCUUCAGGAGGUGCCCCACGCUGCGACCAGUUAUGUGAGACCGAUAAAGGUUGUGUUAAGAAACACGAUACACAGCCUGCACUGCUGUCUGUUGCCUGCCAUUGUUUUCAUGGGGGUACGGUAUCAGCCAUAUUAAUAGUUAAUUUAAAAUCAUGCAACUGGAGCUGCAGCUCUUUGUGGAAAGUUUGGUGCAGGCCGAGCUGUGCAUUAUGUAUGGGAGCCGCUGCCCGGCUGAUGGCCAGCGUUGCCGUUGCCAGAGGAGCCCUGGAGAGGGGAGCGGGAGGUGAGUCAGGCCGCGGUCAGCCGCGCGGUGUUCAGUCAAGGAGGAUCAGCUUUUAACAGCCACGUAGGCAUGUCAGGUACCGUGCGACGAGCAGGGUUUGUGGUAAUUUGAAGUGGAACCUGUCUCCAUUACCCCAACAAUCUCCACCACUUCUCAAGGGUGGGUUUUUUCCAACAAACACUGCCCUCGUGUUCCGCAUGUUACCAUGAACAGCACAGAGAGGGUCCGUGAGGAAGCACCGAUGCUGCCACCGUCUCUCCUGGCAGCACCACUGAGCAGAGAGACUGAGGUCUCUGCUCUGCAGCUUUUUGGAGCCUCAUCGACCUCGGUGUGUCCAGCUCCCUGCGGUCUGGUCCUGCCCAGGAGCAGGGUCAGAAGCCGAGGUGUUGCAGCGCAUCAAACCACUCGGUCCAUUAAAUGCCCAUUUCCCCCGACCAGCAGCACAUCUUGAGCUGUAGCUCCACUUGAAGAACUCUGCUUGUUUCAAAUGCAGAUGCAUCUCCCGAUUUAGACCCUAAACUACAAGUCCCAGGGAGCGCAAAUUAAGUCCGAGGGGGUGCAAAUCCUUCCCUGCCUCCCACAUUUGCUGGCCAUGAGUCCUCCCGGCCUGAUGGCAUUUAUCUGGGCAAACACAGGGCGAGAGGGAACAGAGCAAGACUCCCGACUCCUCAGAGUAAUAAUGUCCGUUUGCUUUGUGCCGUAUGGGUGCAGAACGCGAGUUAUUUCAUUCCAGGGUAAUGGAGACGAGACCUGCCACACGUAGUGAUUUGCUCGUGGCAAUGAGCCAAGUCUGUGGCAGAGCCACGCCGUGCUCCACCGCCUUAUUUCCAUGAAACCUCCUGCUUAAAACGAUACAGUGAUUGCAUGGGACAGGCUGCGUUUUCCGUUUCAUUCUCUGCCAGACUGUUCCCAGCUCUGAAUCUCAUUUUCUUGCCCAGGCAUGGCGCAGUCAAGAACGAGGACACCUUCAAGACCUCCCCGUUUCAUUUGGAUCUGUGGUUCUACUUCACUCUGCAGAACUGGGUCCUGGACUUUGGGCGUCCCAUCGCGAUGAUAAUCCUACCUUUGGAGUGGUUUCCUCUAAACAAACCGAGUGCCGGAGAUUAUUUCCACAUGGCUUACAACGUUAUCACACCAUUUCUUCUGCUAAAGCUCAUCGAGAGAUCCCCCAAGACCUUACCGAGAUCCAUGGUGUACGUCAGCAUCAUCAUGUUUGUCAUGGGAGCCAGCAUCCACCUGGUUGGAGACUCUGUAAACCAUCGCCUGAUUUUCAGUGGCUACCAGCACCAUCUGUCUGUAAGAGAGAAUCCCAUCAUCAAGAACCUGAAGCCAGAGACACUGAUUGAUUCCUUUGAGCUGCUGUACUACUACGAUGAAUAUUUAGGUCAUUCGAUGUGGUACAUCCCUUUUUUCCUGAUACUGUUCAUAUAUUUCACCGGCUGCUUCACCCCUGUGGAAGAGGAGAGCAGGAUGCCAGUGGCUGCCUUGCUUCUGAUGGGGCCCAGCAGCCUUUACUACUGGUAUCUCGUGACAGAAGGUCAGAUUUUCAUCCUCUACAUUUUCACUUUCUUUGCCAUGAUGGCUUUAGUGAUGCACCAGAAACGCAAAGGACUCGUCCUGGACAGCAAUGGGCUUUUUCUCUUCUACUCCUUCAUCAUAACACUGGUCCUCAUUGCUCUGUGGGUGGGCUGGCUGUGGAACGACAAAAUUCUCAGGAAGAAGUACCCUGGCGUGAUCUAUAUCCCCGAGCCCUGGGCAUUUUACACCCUGCACAUGAACAACCUCCACGCGGCAAAGGAAAGUUUAUAAGUUUUGAUAUUUUAGAGUGAUUUGAAGAAAAAAAAAAAAAAGAUCUAGUUUUUCUAAUGUAGAUGAAGUAUUUAAAAAUAAAUUCCUG